AUCCUUUCCGAUUUGCGUACCAGUGGCGGGCUAAGGGUUAUUUGCAAGUGAAUGUUUUCAGUUUCAGUUUCUGUUUCAGUUCAGGAUCGAGUGUGACUGGGACCUGGAUGAUGACGUUGAAGGUGCCUGCUCUUCUGUGCUGCUUCAGCGCCAUAGCAUUCGCAGCAAUAGCACCAGGACAAAAUGCGUAUCUUCCACCGAAACAAGGCUACGAAUACCCCAAACCAUCAAUACCCUUUCCCUCACCCAGACCAACCAGCAGACCACCACCAGUAACAGUACCCCCGAAAUUCCAGCCAAGUCGUCCCACUGUGCCCCCAUACAGACCACAACCUAUCCCUUCCAGGCCCACAUACGGUCCACCUCCAACCUCUCCUCCUUAUAGACCACAACCUACUCCUUCCAGGCCCACAUACGGGCCACCUCCAACGUCUCCACCUUAUAGACCACAACCUACUCCCGCUAGACCCACAUACGGGCCACCUCCUACUUCUCCUCCUUAUAGACCACAACCUACUCCCUCCAGACCCACAUACGGUCCACCUCCAACGUCUCCUCCUUAUAGACCACAACCCACCCCCUACAGACCCACAUACGGACCUCCUCCCACUUCCCCCCCGUAUAGACCUCCUGUUACCUACAAGCCCGCUACUUCUCCUCCUUACAGGCCUCCGAGUGUACCCAGUCCACCUCCUUUUAGGCCGACAACUGCACCAGUUUAUGGACCGCCGCCUACUCCUGGUACGAGACCGACUAGUAGACCUUUUCCUCCACCAAGACCAGGGACACCUCCCCCGUUCAAACCGGGUGCGCCCAUUCCAGGUUUCGGAGAGAAUGACCACCUCCUUCUUCCCCACAAACCAGCAGAACCAUUUGAGUUCAAGUAUGCUGUGAAAGAAGCUGCGUUUGGUAACGACUAUUCUCAUAAUGCGAUCAACAAUGGCGAUCAAACCAAUGGAGAAUACAGAGUUCAGCUACCAGAUGGAAGGACACAAGUUGUUAAAUACACUGCUGAUUGGGCAACAGGCUUCCACGCAAAGAUAAGCUAUGAAGGCCAACCCAGCUACCCAAGCUUCCCUGGAAGACCUACUGGGCCAGCAGGUCCUGGAAGACCCUCAUAUCCGGGACCAAGUCCAGGAAUACCCAGCCGCCCAUCACCAUCAUACCCAGGACCUGGAAUACCAAGUAGACCUGCACCAAGUCCAGGAUAUCCAGGACCAGGAAUACCGAGCAGACCAGCACCAAGUCCAGGAUAUCCAGGGCCAGGAAUACCCAAUAGACCUGCUCCCAGACCAGGAUAUCCAGGACCAGGAAUACCAAGCAGACCAGCACCCAGUACAGGAUAUCCAGGGUCUGGGAUACCGAACAGACCUACACCUCGUCCAGGAUAUCCAGGACCUGGAAUACCAAGCCGACCUAGCACAGGGUUCCCUAGUCCAGGAUUUCCAAGUCGUCCAGGACCGUCUUAUCCAGGACCAUCGUAUCCAGGACCGAGUCCAGGUAGACCAACUGGACCCUCUACAGGAUUUCCUGGCUAUCCACCAGCAGGAAGACCUUCAGGGCCUGCAUUCCCCAGUCCGGGAAAACCUCUGUUUCCAGGAUCGAAGAAUCCAACUCCUGGAUAUCUGCCACCAGUGGGUAGAAAAUAGGCAUAAAUAUAUGAUGAGUUUAGAUAUGUGAUCAACCAAUGUAAUCCAUUGGCAUUGGGAAAUAUGAUUAUGAAUUGCAGAUAUAUUUUCCACCUUGAGUUUUGAAAUAUCCUUAAUAAAUCAAAAUUUGAACAGAAUUGUAAAAAAUCGAUAUUUAUUAGGCUGUACAAUGAUGAGAAUUUCACAGGUAUUUCUACAAACUACACAGUUGAGAAAACAAUUUGAUAACAAUAAAUAGUUAAUUUUAAUAAUAUUUAAAAGAUCAAUGAUGAAUUCAUUUCAAAGUUACUGUAUAGUUCAGUUCUUGUAUUUGUAUUUUCGAUUGAUAAUUAUGUAAAUACCUAAAAAAUGAAUGUAAUUAGAUAUUAGAUCAUAAUGAUAAUUUUUUUCGUGAGUAUGCAAAUGAAUGAUGAAGUAUUUGAAUACUGCCAAUCCAUACAGAUUUUUAUUCAGAUUGAAGCACUGCCAAAUGAUGUUCAUCUAUAGUAGUUCUCGAUGUUUUUUAUAGCGAAAUAUGAUCUUUAUAUCAUCUGGCUAUUCGAAAGAGGAAGGCUUUCUUGUAAUUAUUGUGAAUAAAUAUAUUAGCAGGUUAUGUAUAGAGUCGAUAAGCAAAUUAUAUACAAACCUAGAUUUAUUUGAUUAUUAGGAAUAAUCAUCAUUUUACUCAGUAUUUCUUCGGUUUAGUUGAAUAUUUAUUGAAUGAUUGCAAUGUGAAUCAAUUGGCGGAGCAGCAAAUAAACUUUUGAU